UUUUUGCGAUUAAAAUUAAUAAAAAUAAUUAAAGAAAAUGAGUUUUAUGCCCGAUUCUGAUAGUGAAGAUGAAUUGCCACCCGGCUGGGAGGAACAAGCCACCGAUGAGGGUUUUGUAUGCUAUGUCAACCAACAAACUAAAACCACCCAAAUGACACAUCCCCGUACCGGACGCACUAAACGUUUAAAUCGUGAACUACCUAUUGGUUGGGAGAAGCGCUAUGAUGAGAACACUAAAAAACAUAUAUUUUACAACAAUUUGACCCAACAAACAACAAAUAUAGAUCCACGCUUGGCCUUUGCCGCCGAGGAGCCACCCAUGAAUAUUGCCCAGGUUAGACAACGUUUUGAUGGUAGCACAACUGCUUUGCAAAUUCUUCAUGGCAAGGACUUACAUGGUCGUCUAGCAGUGAUAACGGGUUCAAAUUGUGGCAUUGGCUAUGAGACAGCUCGCUCGCUGGCAUUUCAUGGUUGUGAAGUGAUAUUUGCCUGCCGUAGUCGUACUUCAACUGAAAUGGCUAUCGAACGUAUUGUUAAAGAACGGCCUGCUUGUCGUAAUCGUUUGAGGUGGUUGGAGUUGGAUUUGGCUUCAUUUAAAUCGGUUUGCCAGUUUGUGGCGAAUGUCAAGAAUAGUGUUAAACACAUCGAUUAUUUAAUCUUAAAUGCUGGGGUAUUUGCUUUACCCUAUUCGGUAACCGAAAAUGGCAUUGAAACUACAUUCCAAGUUAGUCAUUUAUCACAUUUUUAUAUUACACUUCAGUUGGAGUCUUUAUUCGAUCAUACGACUCGUAUUGUAGCGCUGUCAUCAGAGUCGCACAGAUUUAGCAAAUUGCCAACGGACAAUUUAACUCCACAACAUUUAUCACCACCUCCAGAUAAAUACUGGAGUAUGACGGCCUAUAAUAAUGCAAAAUUGUGUAAUGUUUUGUUUGCCGCGAAAUUAGCUAAGCUCUGGAAGCAUCGUGGUAUAUCUGUUUUUGCCGUACACCCGGGUAAUUUAGUUUCCUCAAAUAUAUCGCGCAAUUGGUGGUUUUAUCGCUUAUUAUUUGCCAUCGUACGACCAUUUACGAAAUCUCUGCAACAGGCUGCUGCCACUACCAUUUAUUGUGCUACAGCCAAUGAACUAACUGGCCUUACAGGGCUUUACUUUAAUAAUUGCUAUUUCUGUGAGCCCAGCAAACUUUCACAAAACGAAUUGCUACAAAACCAGCUGUGGUCGGUUUCCGAAGGAAUGCUAUCCGUUUUAAAAGAAUCAUUAUUGGCCAACAAACAAACUACUGGAGAGUUUCUUUAUUGAAUAUAAGAAAGUUUAAAUGCAAUUGCAUUUGUUGUGGUACGGGAGUAAGUUUUGUUCUUUUAUAAGUUUUAUUAUGUUGGAUUUUUAAACGGGUUCUUAUUGAAUUUUUAAUUGUAUUAUAUGUAUGUGAUGUUUUUGGUUUUGUUUUCACUAUUAAAUAAAACUUGUUUUUAUGUUAUGCGAAAA